AUGCCAAGAUGCCUCAGAAGUUAUGUCUUCAGAACCACCGAGUUCGAAGAUGACGUUGAGGUUGAACCUAACAUGGUUUUACAACAAACUGGAAUGGAAACGAGUGGUUCGCCGGCGAAGUUAAUGAUGUGUAGAUAUGAAGAAAUUGUUUUAGUUCUAGUUUAUAUUUCGAAAUAA